AUGGCGGAGAAGAUGGAAGGGGAGCCGAGCAAAACAAUGAUGAAUGGUGUGAGGACAUCAAUCCCACUCACCAAGCCUCGGUGGCUGCUGGGUACAGUGGCAGGCCAAGGCGUGGGGGUAUGGCCGUGGGGGGGCCGCAUCCCUUCCUCCGCGCUGCACCGUGACAGGCGUUGGGGAUUCUGGGAUCGGGGUCCUUUCAGGGGUGCGCCGAGACUCUCCGAACUCAGGCCUUGGCUAAGCAGAGCAGUACCUGAGGUCGGGGGCUCUGGUAGUAACAGGGAAGGAAGCGGAGCUGAGAAAGCCAAAAGGGCGAGAUGUUCUCCAAGAGUCUGGGUCGUCCUCGGCUCUCUGGUUCUGGUCUUUCUCACUUCGCUCUUCUUUUCCGUUUCGCUCCGGAGCGGUGUCGGCUUCAAUUACCUAGAGCCGCCCGGCUGGGAAGAUUCUCGGCGGGUCAAGCUGGUUCCCAGCUACGUGGGCUCGCACAGACGGCUCCCCCCUGACUCCACGCAGCUGCAAACAUGCGCCUGUCCUCGUUGUGUCGGAGACCCCGGAGUCUCGGAUUGGUUCGAUGAGAACUAUGACCCGGAUAUCUCACCUGUUUGGACCAGAGACAACAUCCAGCUGCCCUCUGAUGUCUACUACUGGUGGGUGAUGUUGCAGCCCCAGUUUAAACCACACAACAUUCAGCAGGUGCUGCUUCGGUUGUUCCAGGUGAUUCCUGGCCGAUCCCCGUAUGGCUCAUGGGAUCCGGGCCGAUGCCUACGGUGUGCCGUAGUUGGGAAUUCUGGGAAUCUGCGUGGGGCAGGAUAUGGGCCGACCAUAGAUGGACAUAACUACAUCAUGAGGAUAAACUUGGCCCCUACGGUUGGUUAUGAGGAAGACGCCGGCAGCCGCACCACUCACCACUUCAUGUAUCCAGAGAGCGCCAAGAACCUUGCGGCCAAUGUCAGCUUUGUCCUGGUUCCUUUUAAAACACUAGAUCUGGUUUGGAUUACCAGUGCGCUCUCUACCGGCCAGAUACGAUUCACGUACGCUCCAGUGAAGCAAUUUCUUCGUGUGGAUAAAGACAAGGUCCAAAUCUUCAACCCAGCAUUCUUUAAAUAUAUUCACGAUCAUUGGACCAGGCAUCACGGCCGCUACCCAUCCACAGGCAUGCUGGUGCUUUUCUUCGCCCUGCACGUUUGCGAUGAGGUGAACGUGUUUGGAUUUGGGGCGGACGGUCGGGGAAACUGGCACCACUACUGGGAGCAGAACCGAUACGCUGGAGAAUUCCGAAAGACUGGUGUCCACGAUGCCGACUUUGAAGCACAGAUCAUCCAACGAUUGGCUGAGGCCGGAAAAAUCACAGUCUACCCGGGGAAAUGA